UGUUGGUCGGUGAACUAGGGAGAGUUUGUGUAGGUGAGGAGGUUGUGUGCCCCAGCUUGAGGGACAGGGUGGGCUAACCCCCAUCCAGCCCCGCCGGCAUGGGGAGUAGCGAGAGCAGCCACGGGAACAGGAAGGUCUCGUUCGGCCUGGAUGAGCAGGAGCGAGUGCGGGUGCUGCAGGGCAUCAGGCUCUCUGAAGAUGUAGUGAACCGAAUGAAGGAAACGUCUCAACUUAAAGGGGACCAGAGACCAUCUUCCUUUCCUCCUCCUUCAUCCCGUGACACGGCAUCAUCACCACAAGCUGCAGAAGGGAAGCCCAAGUUUACUUCAGGAAUCCAUCCACCAACUGCCAGUAGCUCUGGUCGGAAGCCCUCUGAGGCAGAGGAGGACCUAUACAAGAGGUAUGAGCGAGAGCAGGCACUGGUCCAAGAGGAACUGCUCCGGCUGGCCAAGAGGGAACGGGAGGCAGCCAGCGAGUCUUUCAGUACAACCCUCCAACGGGAAAAGAACAGCACCAAUGAAGAGAGGCAGAAAGCAAUUCAGCUGCCUGCGGAUUUGGAUGCCUGGGCACGGGAGCUACAGUGCAAGGAGAUGGAGUUGAAACGACGGGACGCCUUCUGUAAGGAGCAGUUGGCCCGUAUUGAGAGGAAGAAUGCUGAAAUCUACAAGCUGACAUCAGAGCAAUUCCAUGAGGCAGCCACUGGUGCAGAGAACCACAUAAAGAACUGUUGGUUAAUUAUGGAUAAACCCCGGCAGCCACCAAAGAGCAGAGAACAGAGACCACAGAGGCCAUUGGAAGCCCAACAUCCUUCUGGAUUUAUGCUGACCAAAAUCGGUGCCUUCUGUCUGUAGCAGUCCAAGAAAACGACAUGAUUCCUCUUCUGAACGCCUGCAUGUAUCUGUCUCACUGGAUGUUUUUGGAGUUGGGGCAGGGGGAGGCCUUGAGCGGCAGCACAGUUCUGCCAAAUGUGCUUCAACCUUUAUAUUUGUUCAUUGUGAAAAGAAGCCUGUCAAUCGUAAGUGCCCACAGCACAGCAAGUAGCUUAGAGGCCCAUGUGACUCAAGGCCCAGUUAACUCCGUACUAGUUUUGGUUUCACUUAUGCAACCUGUGUUUCCAGUGCUGUUGCCUUUGUCCUUGUGCUCCAGAGAAAGGCAUCUGAAGUAUUGGGGGAAGCAACCCUGACCUGCUUGUUAGGAUUAACUGUUCCUAGCAUGCUCUUGUUGUUAACACCAGCAGACACAUUCCUUCCCUUCCAAGGCUCCCCCCUAAGAACAAUAAACUGUCUAAUGGUCA